ACUUCCGGUAGUGAAUGAUGGCAAGAUGGCGGACUCAGUGGCUGUUAGCGUACCCGUUUAUAAAUGACGACAUUACCACACACUGCAAUUAGCAAAUGUAGAAACAAAUACCUAAAUUAUUUUUUUCCUUAUUAAGCCCACCAAACGGAAGUUGAGUUUGAAGCGAUGGAGUUUUAUGUGAAGUGAAGAUUGAAGACGUGAUAGAAGAUGGACGACUACUGCUAUGCUAAGAUGGCGACGUCCGCUAAAAGAGAACAUGAAAGAGAAUCAGCGCCACCAACUUCCAGCAAAUCACCAACGGAGAUAAAGACGAAAGAUGAAGACGUCCAGCAGUUGAUUGGUCUUUCAGAAGAAGUUUCCCCUCAGUCAGUAGGGGGGAGCUUCACUUUGAAGCAGGAGGCUCCACAACCACCCUGCAUUAAAAAGGAAGAGGAGGAACUCUGCAUCACUCAGGAGGGAGAGUGUCUUCUAGGACGAGAGGAAGCUGAUUACAUCAAGUUUCCACUGAGUAUUCUCUCUGUGAAGACUGAAGAUGAUGAAGAGAAACCACAAGUAGACAACAUCUUAGCUCCACUAUCAGAUAGUGAGGCUGAAGACGAGGUUGAAGAACCUUUGAGCAGAGAUAAAGACUGUGCAGGUGAUAUGAGGACUCACAUUGACAACAAACACUCUGAUUGCUCUAAAAAGGAGACAGGUAAAAAACAUUUCAGCUGCUUAGUUUGUUCUAAAAGCUUUACUAGAAAGGACAAUUUGACUCGACACAUGAGAACACACACAGGAGAAAAACCAUUUAAUUGCUCAGUUUGUGGUAAGAGUUUUUUUCAAAGGAGCAGUUUGACUCCACACAUGAGAACACAUGCAGGAGAGAAACCAUUUAAUUGCUCAGUUUGCGGUAAAAGCUUUUUUCAAAAGAGCAGUUUGACUCCACACAUGAGAACACAUGCAGGAGAGAAACCAUUUAUAUGCUUAGUUUGUGGUAAAGGCUUUUCUCAGAAGAGCAGUUUGACUCAACACAUGUCAAUACACACAGGAGGGAAACCACUCAACUGCUCAGUUUGCGGUAAAAGCUUUUCACGGAAAAACAAUUUGUCUCGACACAUGAGAACACACACAGGAGAGAAAUCAUUCAACUGCUCAGUUUGUGGUAAAAGCUUUUGUCAAAAAAUAGAUUUGACCCGACAUAUGAGAAGACACACAGGAGAAAAAUCAUUUAUUUGCUCAUUUUGUGGUAAAGGUUUCGCUCUAAGCAACAAUUUGACUCAACACAUGAGAAGACACACAGGAGAAAAAGCAUUUAGUUGUUCAGUUUGUGGUAAAAGAUUCCGUCGUAAUGCAGCCGCAGUAAAACACUUACGAAAACACACGGGAGAAUAACCAACUUACUGUUUUUUGUUUGAAUGUCCAAACAUUUCUUAUUCUUUUCUUUAUGCCUUUUUUUUGCAGUCUCUUAGCGCCCUCAGUUUUCAUCCCAUCUGAACUGUUAAGGUAUCAAAAUGUACGACCAGGAAUCGUUAGUUAUCAAAUAUUCAUCUUCCCAGAACACAAAGAUUACCCAGAUUUCCAGGUUUUCCAGGACAUUUUCCCAUUGAAAACAAAUGGGCCAAUUUUCCACAUUGUUCCACCAUCCACAGACUCCACUCUCCCUGGACAUUCAAGCCAAGUUUCAAAAUGUCCCUUUUUUCUUGGAAUUAGCAGGACCAUUUCCCUAUUGAAAAUGAACUGAAGGCUUACAAACCUCUUCCUAUCCCACAUCUCUGAUCCGAUUCUAACCUUUCCACCAUCCACACAUGCCACUCACCCUGGACAUUUAGACAAAAAAAAUUCCGGCUUCAACAAUUUUCCUGAUUACCAGGAAGUCCGGCUUUUAAUCACCGUUGUUUAAGCCCUUUUUGUUUUGACUUUUUCUGCCCCGUUUUUAUUUGAUCAGAACCAUUCAAGCAUCCAAACAUUUGACUCGGCCUGGAAUCGAUAGGGAACCAUAUUUGUUUUCUUCCAAAAUUUCCCUAAUUACCAAAAAUUCCAGGUCCUCGAGGACAUUAUUUUACUCCAUUUCUUACCUGAUUUGAACUGUGGAACCAUAGUAGAUUUUAUUUGUAAAAAGCACUUUACAUUGAGUAAACAACCUCAAAGUGCUACAGUGUAUUACAGAAUUUAAAAAAAUAAAAAUAUAAUUAAAAUAAAUUAAAAUAAUAACUACAACAGCCAAAUAGCUAGAACUAGUAUGCAUAUAUCUAAAUAAAAAAAAUGCUUUUUUAGAAAGUAGGGUUUAUAAGCCUUUUUUUUUUUUAAAGCAUCCACAGUCUGUGGUGCCCUCAGGUGGUCAGGGAGAGCAUUCCACAGACUGGGAGCGGCGGAGCAGAAAGCCCGGUCUCCCAUUGUUCGUAGCUUUGUCCUCGGAGGUUGGAGGAGGUUAGCCUGUCCGGCAGAGGUGUCGUGUGGAGGAUUUGGGGGUGAGUAGUUCUUUGAGGUAGAGGAGAGCAUUUCCAUGCAGGCACUGGUGGGUUAGUAGGGAGACUUUGUAUUCAAUCCUGAGUGGAACAGGAAGCCAGUGAAGGGAUUUGAGAAUUGGUGUGAUGUGGUCAUAUUUCCGCACUCUCCAUCCACACACUUUACUUACCCUGGAUAUUAAAGUCAAAAACAUGUUUCCCAUUUCUCAA